AUGGAACCCAAUGAUACUAAUGUAACUGUUUCCUUACCAAUUAAUAUUAAUAAUCAAUUCAGUACUAUCAAACAUCUUGUUAUUGAUCAUCCAUGUGCACUUAACGAACUUUUUUCAAUUAUUUCUUAUACACCACAAAUAACUCGUUUGAGUUUUAUACAUAAAGGGUAUAGUACAUUUAAAACUGAUAUGAUUUCACCAAUCAUGUUAUCAAAUUUAACACAUUUAUCUAUCUAUGGUGAUCAUCUUCAAUUUGAUAAAGUUCAAAUGUUUAUUACAAAAAUCGAUGCAAAAUUAAAAGUUUUAUCUGUUAAAAGUCUUGCUAAAGAUAUAAAUUAUCUUAAUGCGGAUUGUUGGAAGGAAUUAAUUAUGAAAAAUUUUCCUCAAUUAGAAAAAUUUCAUUUAAUAUUUUCGAUAUUUUUAGAAUCUACUCGCAAAACUCCAUUGUAUAUUAAUAAAUUAAAUACAUUCAAUUCAUUAUUUUGGAUUGAUCGACAAUGGUUAUUACAAGCUGAAAUCAGUCUUGAUAUUAUUAUUUAUUCAAUUCAUCCAUAUAAAUGGUAUGAAUAUCAGUCACAAGAUCAGAUAAUUGAUCCAUCGAAUAAAUUUUUGAAAUCGAUGCGAGUUCUUUUUACAAUUAUUCCUUAUUAUGAUGAUAUGAAGCCAUUAAAACAAAUUAUUUCUCAUAUAUCAACUGUAGCAGAUAUAUAUCAUUUGGAAAUUAAUGAAGAAAUUUUUACGGAUACAUUGAUGGAAAUAUUAGUUUUAUUACCUGAACUUGAUUCACUACAGAUUUCUUCUUUAUUAUAUUCAAAUCCAAUCUAUAUGAAUAAUAAAGAUAUUAAUGUUCUUUCUUUGUUAUCAUCUCAAAAUCAGAUUACAAAAGUUUAUCUGAAGAAAAUAACAAAAAUGGAAGAAAUUGAUUUUCUUAUUGAACUUUGUCCUCGGAUGACAUAUCUGAAAGUAGAGUUUUUACAUCAUAUCAAUAUUCAAUUGUUUGUACGAGUGAUUUUAACGAAAAUUAAUAUGAAAUUUAAUCAUCAACUUCGAUUAUUAUGUUCUUGUGUUAAGGUAGCAGAUAAUGAUAUUAUUGAAAAAUUGAACAGAAUGAUUAAUGCGGAAAAUUUGUUGACAGAUUAUACAAUUAAACGCAUAGUUGAUGAUAUUUAUCUGCAAUGGAAAUGA